ACGAAAUGUUGUUGGCCCAAAACCGACAUUCUUCUUCGGAAAUGUACAGGAUGCAGUACUCAGAAGAAAACCUUUUGGUCACGUAUUCAAGGAUAUCUACGAUAUGUACCCAGAAGAAAAAGUGGUAGGAAUAUUCGUGAUGAGAUCCCCAGAAUUGUUAGUAAGGGAUUUAGAUGUGAUAAAGAAUGUACUAAUAAAAGACUUCGAUGUUUUCUUGAGCCGUGGUUUUGAGUUUAAGAAAACGGGCUUUGGAGCGAAUUUGUUUCAUGGUACUGCUGAUACCUGGCGACUGCUACGAAGCCGCUUGACUCCACUUUUCACAUCAGGAAAGCUAAAGAAUAUGAUGUAUCUUUUAAGCGAAUGUGGGCAAAAAUUUGUAGAGUAUGUAGCCCGAGUCACACAGUUAAAUCCGGAGCAAGAAGUCCACGGUAUGACAGAAAAGUUUACCCAAUCUGCCAUAGUUGCUUGUGCGUUCGGCGUAAACAUCGACACUUUUAAUCAAGAACACGAAACCUUUCGUAGGGUCCACAGUAUAAUGUCCAACAUGUCCUUUAGUCGUGACCUGGAGCUGAUGUACCCUGGAAUUAUAGUGAAAAUUGGAGGUUCUCUUAUUUCAACAGAAGUUAUCAAAUUUUUUAUCGAUUUGGUCAAAGGCGUCACUGCGCAAAGACAUGGUAGACCAACCAAUAGAAACGAUUUCAUGGAUUUAAUGUUGAAAAUGAGAGAAGAGAAACACAUUUCCGGACCAAUGAGGAAAAACAAUGAUACUGAGACGAGUUUGGAGCUAACUGACGAGGUCAUAGCGGCACAGGCAUUUAGUUUUUAUGCUGGGGGUUUUGGAACGAGUGCGGCAACCAUAGGUUUCUUACUGUACCAAUUAGCUCGUAACCCAGAGAUCCAAGACAAGGUGGUGGCAGAAAUAAAAGAAGUACUUGAGAAACAUGAUGGCGAGAUGACUUUACAAGCUGUUUUCGAUUUAUCUUACAUGGGCCAAGUUUUUGAUGAAACAUUAAGAAUGUAUCCAAUUGUUUCUGAUUUGAAAAGAAUGUCUAAUCGCGCCUAUACGAUACCUGGUACAAAUGUAACUAUAGAGAAAAAUCAGUUGAUUAAAAUUCCAACACUUGGUAUCCAUUUUGACGAGAAGAUAUACCCUAACCCUGAGAAGUUUGACCCAGAGAGGUUUUCCCCAGAGAAUGUGGCAGCAAGGCACCCAUGCGCAUAUUUGCCUUUCGGACGUGGGCCUAGAAACUGCAUCGGGUUCCGCUUCGCACAGCUACAAUCGCGGGUGUGUUUGGUGAAGCUCCUCUCUCAGUUUCGGGUUGAACCUUCUAAAAAUACCCCCCUUCAAUUGCAGUACGAUCCUCGGCGUAUCACAUUGUAUCCCAUAGGCGGUAUACCGAUCAACUUCAUUAAGAGACAUUGA